AUGAUCAAUGAGUUCUGUAGUAUGAUGUACCUGGGUAGCCUAGAGAAAGGCUGAGUGAAUAGAGGGGGAUGUCUGUCAGGGCCUGAUGUCUGGUGUUCUUAGGGUUGGGAUUGCUGCUAGGUCAAAGGACAUGCCUAUAGAACUGCUGUUAAUCCUGUAGAGCAGGGCCGGGGUCACCCCUGUAUUGAGGGGGAGGAGAGAGUUAGCCUCUCUGGGGUGCAGUCAAACGAGGGGGGGGUAUGAUUUGAGUGUGUUUUUGGAAGGGGCUGUGGGGGGAUGAGGAGUGGUAAUGUUAUGCCUCCAACAAUUAUUUAUUGGUGAGAUGCAGGAUUCUGCUGUAGGGGCAUAUCAGAGUUGUUGUGGAGACUAGUACUAGGCUAUUAAUUGUUUUCCCCCUUUGUGAUAAUGACCUGGGCUGGCUGAGUUGUGCACUAGAGCGGAAGGAGUGCAUGCAGCUCAGGACAGUGUAGGCUGCAUAGCCCUAGGGCCAUCUCUCUCUGCCCCAUCUCUCCCUCUCUAAUCUCUCUCUAACCCCCUGUUGUUGACAAAGCAGGCCACAGACAAUAUUUCUAAUAUUGGGCGAUUCCAUGUAAAAAAUAAAUCAGCGCAUGCCCAAAUAGUCAUUUCUGAAUGAAAUGUAAAUGUAUCUACUACCAUGCUAGCAGUUACUAUAGACUUCCAGUCCUUGCGCUAACACUAGUUAGCACUUGUGAUACUGCUAGUUAGCAACUACCUUCAAAUUGCAAGCAGAGACACAAAAUUGUAAAGUAAUUGCAUGAAUUUUGGCCAUUACAGAGUAGGUGGCCAAGUCUCAAAGGCUUUCCAGUCAAUCAUAUUUAAUGUAUUUUAGAAAGGGCUGACCAGAGCUUGUUUUUCCACUCACAGCUGCCCCCCAGUAUUAGUUAUGAAGAUGAGAUGUUAAUGAAGCAAUACAGACCAAAUUGAAGUGUCUUCAGUUUUGUUUGAACAGUCUUGUAAUGAUAGCGGGGUGACUGGGACAUGCAAUUAACCAUCCAUUAAGUUUUUUAGGAAACGUUUUUGUAAAACAUGCAUCUUACAUCGGAUCAUCUUGAAACAUUCUCUGUCUGUAAAGCUAGCUUUCAUCAAUGUUUUAUAUGGUCUAUAAUUGGUUUCUUUAUUUUUUGUCAGUUUCCUUUUUCAGUGUUAUCAGUAAAGUCAAUAAUAGUUGUGGAUGUGAUGAAUAUUAAUGUAUCAUAUCUUCGCUUCAAAAGCUUUUGCAUUCACCACAGUUUGUUCUGACAUGCAUUAUUCAGACUUUUACUGUAGCAAUUGUUGAUCAUCUAGACACUUAUGUUCUAGCUAAGAUUCUCUUGUAAAAAAGAGGCUGAAAUUCAUUUCUCAUACAUGGCAGUACUUUAUUUGUAUUGUUGAUAAACACUCUUCUCAUCGUUCUCUGUGAAUAGUCCUGGAGUGUAUUUAUUCAAAUGAAAGCCCCCCCCAAAAAAUAUACUGGCUUCAUCCAAUAUCCAGAAAAGUGGAUUGGCAGUAUAGGCACAUGUGUAUUGUCUCAUUUGCAUAUUUGGUUACAAUAUCAACUGUUCAGAGGAGACUGCGUGAAUCAGGCCUUCAUGGUCGAAUUGCUGCAAAGAAACCACUACUAAAGGACACCAAUAAGAAGAAGAGACCUACUUGGGCCAAGAAACACGAGCAAUGGACAUUAGACCGGUGGAAAUGUGUCCUUUGGUCUGGAGUCCAAAUUUGAGAUUUUUGGUUCAAACCGCCGUGUCUUUGUGAGACGCGGUGUGGGUGAACGGAUCUCUGCAUGUGUGGUUCCCACCAUGAAGCAUGGAGGAGGUGGUGUGGGGGUGCUUCGCUGGUGACACUGUCUGUGAUUUAUUUAGAAUUCAAGGCACACUUAACCAGCAUGGCUACCACAGCAUUCUGCAGCGAUACGCCUUCCCAUCUGGUUUGGGCUUAGUGGGACUAUAAUUUGUUUUUCAACAGAAGAAUGAACCAACAAACCUCCAGGCUGUGUAAGGGCUAUUUGACCAAGAACGAGAGUGAUGGAGUGCUGCAUCAGAUGACCUGGCCUCCACAAUCCCCCGACUUCAACCAAAUUGGGAUGGUUUGGGAUGAGUCAGACCGCAGAGUGAAGAAAAAGCAGCCAACAAGUGCUAAGCAUAUGUGGGAACUCCUUCAAAACUGUUGGAAAAGCAUUCCAGGUGAAGCUGGUUGAGAGAAUGCCAAGUGUGCAAAGCUGUCAUCAAGGCAAAGGGUGGCUAUUUGAAGAAUCUCAAAUAUAUUUUGAUUUGUUUAACACUUUCUGGGUUACUACAUGAUUCCAUAUGUGUUAUUUCAUGGUUUUGAUGUCUAACACUAUUAUUCUACAAUGUAGAAAAUAGUAAAAAUAAAGAGAACCCUUGAAUGAGUAGGUGUUCUAAAACUUUUGACCGUUUGUGUUAUAUAUUUAUUUAUUGCACACACACAGGCUUUAUUCCCCACAAAGGGCUUUAUUACAGACAUAAAUACUCCUUCUGAAACAGCACAGGAAUGCCCUUGUCUGUGUGCAUAUGUCUAGUCUACACUUUGUAUUUGCAUUAAUGAUAACUGUCUCCUGGUAGAUGUAAAGGCUUUCCCAAAAACCUUUUAAAUUAAAUGUUAACUGCAAAGUAGCCUAUGCCUACCUGGCAAAAUGAUAUGAGUAUUUGCAUCAAUCCAGUGGCCAUUUGUUUCACAAACUGUGCAAUCACAUGAGCGGUACAGAAACACCGCUAACCAACACUCUCUGGUUGGUGUGCACUUGCACUAAAGGGUAACUACACCCAAAAUUCUAAAUGUACUUUAAAAAAAUAAAAGUGUGUAAAGCCUUUCCUUCUAAAUUAAAAUAUGUUUUGACCUAGGACUUAAACUCAGACUUUGCUAAUAUGUUCAGUCUCCCCAAAAAACAUCCAUAACACUUCUUAUUUGCUUUUCUCCAACAUGUCAAUAUUUAGAAGUCUGCUUUAAUGGGUAUACACUCCCCCCAAGGCGAACACACGUCAAAUGUUUCAUUUAUAUCUUAUUUGUCCAUUCUGUAAGACAUUAAAGUUGUGAUUUUGUUUGCAAAUGUAAUGUCCAUAACGCUGGAAUCACCCUAUAUUCCAUCCUACAAUUUUACCUUUGUUAUUGAAUACAGAUUGAGACUAGAAGCAAGGUUCAUUGUCCAUAAAAUGUUCAUUAGACAGACUUGUGGCCUAGUUGGGGUGUUUAGUUACAGCAGUGUUUUUUAAAAAAUAGGCCAGAGUGUUGUUUCAGCAUGCACGUAUCCUCUGGGCAGGAGAGGGUUAACAUCGCAGAAAGCUAGAGGGAGGGUGGGGGAUGGGCAGGACACAGCACACACACACACACACACACAACAGGACUUUGAUCACAUGAUUUUAGGCCGCUGUAUGCAAGAGGGGAUCUUUCCCAUAAUGGGUUAGGGACAAAGAGGAUCUAGGCUAGUCGAUAGAUGUUGCUACUUGCUAGUACAGUAGCUAACUGUAACCUAGCCAGCCCUAUGAUAGAGAGAAGUGUCCCAUUUUUAAAUUACAAAUGUUCUCAUCUGUACUCUGAAAUAUGCUGUAAAUGAAUAUUAUUUCAGUCAACCUACCUGCUAAACUAAUGUAAAUAAGAUGAUAGAUCCACAUGUCUAAUAGCCUACAUUCACAGACGGAGUGGCAAAAACAAGGAUGGAAAUAAAUGAACUGGUCAAAUCAAAUUUUGUCAAAUACAACGGGUGUAGACUUUACCGUGAAAUGCUUGCUUGCGAGCCCUUCCCAACGAUGCAGAGUAAAAAUAAAAUAGUAACACAAGGAAUAAAAUACACAAUUAUGAAGCUAUAUACAGGGAGUACCAGUACCAGAUCAAUGUGCAGGGGUACGAGGUGUUUGAGGCAGAUAUGUACAUAAAGGCAUGGUAAAGUGACUAGGCAUCAGAAUUAGGGUUGAAUAUUUUCCUGGUAUUUUACAAAUGUCCCAUAAAUAAAUCACUUUUCUCCCGGGUUACCUGGUAUUUCCUGCCAAAACCAGAAGUGUAAUUCAAAAGCAUAUAAAUAGGCCUAUGUCUGGAUUUGAUUAGAGAUUUGACCGAAAAUUCAAGUCUGAUGCUACCUAAGCCUGAUAAGCCAUACAAUAAAUACAUUUUAUAAGCCCUACGUUAAAGACAUUUUAUGAGCCCAAGCCCAAAAAAGCCUAAACGAUUGUGCCGUUAUCCAAUACAUAUGAUAUAUAGGCUACCACACAACAUAAAAACAUAAAAGCCCAUAGAUGUAGCUAGCUAUAUGCUCUCUUGGGUAAAUAAAUUAAACUAGCUCCAGUAGGCUAAUCUUUGAGUGUGAACUUUAUUACUGUUUUUGUAUUAUUUAGCCUGGAAUUACGCACCUCCUUCAAAUCAUGAUAAAGUUGGGAGAGAACAUGCAAUUCUGGUGCAGCACAUGCAGCCUACAAAGUUACAAGUAUAGGCUAGCGAAUUUGAUUUUAAUUUUGAAAUAUAAUAGGGCCAAUUUGUAUAAUUUAGUAGGCUAACUCAUACCUUUUUCUAAUACUGUAUUUCCCCUAAUGUUAUUAGCCUACCUCCUCUUUCUCGCUCCAUUAAUUCUUCAUUCCUUCCUCGCUUUGAAAUGAAAUACGUUUUGUUGUCCUGCUUCAUCAUUGUAAUGACAUGCUUGCAUAAUAUAGGACUAGAAUUAGAUGCAGACGGCUUUCACUUCUCUUCACGAGUUCCCACAUAUGCUGAGCACUUAUUGGCUGCUUUUCCUUCACUCUUUAUUUAUUUAUUUUAUUUUACCUUUAUUUAACUAGGCAAGUCAGUUAAGAACAAAUUCUUAUUUACAAUGACGGCCUACACCGGCCAAACCCGGACGAUGCUGGGCCAAUUGUGCGCCGCCCUAUGGGACUCCCAAUCACGGCCGGUUGUGAUACAGCCUGGAAUCGAACUCUGCGGUCCAACUCAUCCCAAACCCUCUCAAUUGGGUUGAGGUCUGGUGAUUGUGGAUGCCAGGUAAUCUAAUGCAGCACUCCAUCACUCUCCUUCUUGGUCAAAUUGCCCUUACACAGGCUGGAUGUGUGUUGGGUCAUUGUCCUGUUGAAAAACAAAUUAGUCCCACUAAGUGCAAACCAGAUGGGAUGGCGUAUCGCUGCAGAAUGCUGUGGUAGCCAUGCUGGUGAAGUGUGCCUUGAAUUCUAAAUAAACCACACCAUAACACCACCUCCAUGCUUCACGGUGGGAAGCACACAUGCGGAGAUCAUCCGUUCACUUACUCUGCGUCUCACAAAGACACAGCGGUUUGAACCAAAGAUCUCCAGACCAAAGGACAGAUUUCCACCGGUCUAAUGUCCAUUGCUUGUGUUUCUUGGCCCAAGCAAGUAUCUUAUUCUUAUUGGUGUCCUUUAGUAGUUGUUUCUUUGCAGCAUUUCAACCAUGAAGGCCUGAUUCAUGCAGUUGAUGUUGAGAUGUCUGUUACUUGAACUCUGAAGCGUUUAUUUGGGCUGCAAUUUCUGAGGCUGGUAACUCUAAUGAACUUAUCCUCUUCAGCAGAGGUGACUCUGGGUCUUCCAUUCCUGUGGCGUUCUUUGAUUGAUCAUGCAGAGAGAAGGCCGUAGAGAAGCCAGAUUUAGACAUCGCAUAUAAUUUAACAGUUCCAUUUCACGUCAUGCUGUUCAUAUAAAUAAUUUCUUAUAAUUUACUGGUUUCUCACAGGUAUUUAUCCUGGGAAAAGGGAGUGGUUUUGGUACGAUAAAUCUCAGGUUCCCGCCGUUCAACCCUAAUCACAAUAGAUGAUGAUGAUGAUGAUAAUAAUACGAGUAAGAAUAAAGAACAGAGUAGCAGCAGCAUAUGAUGGUUGUGUCCGUCAAUGUGUGUAGGGUUUGUGUGAGUGUCUGUGUAUAUAGUGUGUGUAUAUAUAGUCUUGUGAGUGUGCAUAGUCAGUGCAAGAUGGGGUCAAUGCAAUGGAACCAUUUAGUAACUAUUUAGCAUUCUUAUGGCUUUUUAGCAGUCUUCUCUUAUGGCUUGCUGGCUCUGUCUGACUCAAUCGUGGGGCGUGUUGGUGUGAGGCUGCAAUUCAUUGGUCGACUUUGAGUAAUUUUUUGCUGUGUACAGAGCCUCAGGCUGUUAGCCUAUCUUCCAAGUCGCUCAAUCUUCUUUUUCCUCUCCGUCUCUCUCUAGGCUGUUCAUCUAAGUCGUUCAAGCUGUACUCCCCCAAGGAGCCCGGCCCUAACGGCAGUGCCUUCCCCCCCUUCCACCCCGGCACCAUGCUGGACAGAGACGUGGGGUAGGACACACACACACACACCUGCCACUUAGCUCAUACUGUUAGUACUGUAGGUUGGUACUAUUAGUACCUAUGUAAUUAUAAUAAUACAUUUUGACUCUCGCCUGUCUGUCUCUGCAGGCCAACACCAAUGUACCCCCCGUCAUACCUAGAGCCUGGCAUGGGGUGAGUCUCCAUCACAGCAUCAACCCUCACCCCUCCAAAUAGUGUUGGAGCAUAACUUUUAACUCUGAAAAUAAAGUUGUAUACUGACCCUGCUCUGUCCUGUUGCAGGAGACCCACACCAUACGGCAACCAGACAGACUACAGGAUAUUUGAGCUCAACAAGCGGCUACAGAACUGGACAGAGGUGAGAGCCCGAAACGCACACACUCAAUUAUUCCUAAUGGUGUGACCCUACUAUGAUCUUGUAAGACUCUGACAACCUGUGAUGGCAGAUGUAUUAAUUCAUUGUGUGUUGUAGGACUGUGACAAUCUCUGGUGGGAUGCCUUCACCACAGAGUUCUUUGAGGAUGAUGCCAUGCUCACCAUCACCUUUUGUCUGGAGGACGGGCCCAAACGAUACAGUAAGACGCACUUAGACUUUCAGGGAGGCUUUAAAAUGGGAAUGUAUAGAUUUCACCCUCUUACACAUUAUGGUUACGAUCUUAUUUUACAGAAGAGUAUUAUGGCAAAGUGAAGAGAAAAAAAUCAAUGAAUGGUGAUGGGUGGUGGUAUGUUUUUUGUGUGGAGAAUAUUCUAAAAAAUUAAUUUGGAAUAAAGUAAAAAUACAAUUGUGAAUAAAGUUGCAAUAUUUAGAGAAUAAAGUCACGAUAUUUCCAGAAUAAAGUAUAUUUUUAAUAUGCUACAGCAGGAUAUUUUUCUCAGCCAUAAUCGUGUGACUGCUGAGAUUAGCAUGGUACACAGGUGUACGGAAUACAUAUUAGGAACUCUGACAUUCCUCACCCCUCCCCUAGUGAAGUAUCAACCCUGCACUAAUAAUAUAAUAAUAUGCCAUUUAGCAGACGCAUAGUUUUGAUGUAUUCACUAUUAUUCUACAAUGGAAGAAAGUCAAAAUAAAGAAAAACCCUUGAAUGAGUAGGUGUGUCCAAACCUGUAUAAAUCAUUGGUUUAACCAGGUCAUCUAACUCAGGCAUUUCAACGGUAGUGCACAGCAACAGGGAGGCAUGCAAUUAACCAAAUACCCUAUUUUAAUCUUGAAAUGCGACUUUAUUCUCACAAUUGAGUUUAUUCUCAAUGAAAUUUCGAGUUCUAAAUAUUUUGACUUUAUUAUCAACAUUGAGAUUUUAUCCAUGCAAAAAUACUUAUUUUAAGUACCAUUUUUCCCCCUCUUCGCUUGGCCCUAAUACUCUUCCGUAGUAUUUUAUACAAAGGAAUGGCAUUAAAUUAUUACUCUCCCUAGCUAUCGGCCGGACGUUGAUCCCGCGGUACUUCCGGAGUAUUUUUGAAGGGGGCGCCACUGAGCUGUUCUACACAUUGAAGCACCCUAAAGAGUCUUUCCACAGUAACUUUGUGUCUCUAGACUGUGACCAGUGCACCAUGGUUACACAGAACGGCAAGCCCAUGUUCACACAGGUACGCAAAUACACUUUCUGGUCCAUUUGAACAUACAGAUACCGUUGUCCAUUUGCAAAUUCACAUUUCAUUCUCCAUUUGCAAAUACACAUUUCAUUCUCCAUUUGCAAAUACACAUUGUAUUUUCCAUUUGCAAGCACACAUUUAACUCUCCAUUGCAAAUACACAUUGCAUUAUGCAUUUCCAAAUCCUCAAAUAUCCCAUUUAUAAUUCCACUACUCAACAAAUCCAAACACACAUUUCAGUCCCCCCGCAACACACACACACAAAUACUAUAUUUUUUCCUCUCCCGUCCUUUAGAUGUUUGACCUAACUUCUCUCCCCUCCUCUAGGUGUGUGUGGAGGGUCGUUUGUACCUAGAGUUCAUGUUUGACGACAUGAUGAGGAUCAAGACUUGGCACUUUAGCAUCAGACAACACAGAGAGGUCCUGCCUCGUAGCAUACUAGCGAUGCACGUGAGUCACACCUUUUUAAAUACUUUAUUUGAAUCCACAAAUCACAUUACAGUCCAGAAGGAUUCAUUUACAUUUCAAUGAUCAUUCACAAUUAAAAGGUCACACACAGUUAGAUUGAUUGCCAGUGUUACUGACCACCAUUCAGUCAUUGCUUCCCUGCUCUCCUCCCCCUCUUCCAAGGUGCAGGACCCUCAGAUGCUGGACCAGCUGGCCAAAAACAUCACAAGAUGUGGCCUGUCCAACUCCACACUCAACUACCUUAGGGUAAGUCAUGCCCAUUUAGUGUUUGAAAUAGAAUGAAAAAGGCGGUUGUACUCACGUUAUUUUGGCCAUACCGUAGUUCCUACCGAGCUGGCAUACUAUUAGAGGUGCUGAAGCAGUAUUGGUGGUCUGACUGUCAAUGUUCUUCUCUCUCCUCUAGUUGUGUGUGAUCUUGGAGCCGAUGCAGGAGUUGAUGUCCAGACACAAGACCUACAGUCUGAGUCCCAGAGACUGUCUCAAGACCUGUCUCUUCCAGAAGUGGCAACGCAUGGUGGCCCCACCAGGUAAACACACGGUCAUCACACUCUCUGUAUACAGACAACACACUUAUAUGGUGAACCAAACUUGGGUGAUGAGGAACCUGCUCAAAACCUGAAGCCUGUAACUCAGCAGCCUUACACUGUCUUGUGGCGUGUCGGUGAAAUGGAUUUGAACCCGGUCAGACACACACACACUGCAGAUCUCAGUACCACCUCUCCUCCUGUCUUUAUAUCCAGCUGAGCCGGCCAGACAAGCGCCCAACAAGCGGAGGAAAAGGAAGAUGUCUGGCGGCAGCAACAUGAGCGCUGGAGGAGGAAACAACAACAACAACAACAGCAAGAAGAAGAGUCCUGCUAACAACUUCCCCCUCUCCACACAGGUACCUGUAAGCAUCCCAUCUACAUGACCUUGUGGUGUGGGGAGCGGGGAGCGAUAGGGGUUUGGAGGUGGGGUGGGGAGAGCGUGACAGGGAGUAGGGGUGGGGUUGGGACAGGUAACAUGGGGGAGUGUGGGGCCAGGAAAGAUUGGGACGGGGGCUGGUAUGAUAAGGAUUUGCUUUCAAGGCAGGGUUGUUGGGGAUAGGGGAACGCAGGAUAGGGGUUGAGAUGAGGAAGGGUGGAGGUGGGGCAUUUGGUCUUAAUCAGAUUGGGGAAAGUAGGCUACGGGUAUUGGGGGAUAGUAGAAGUGUAUAUUAUGUUGCCAAAGACUCCCUGUCUGACGUGAGCCAGUGCUGGGCAGUACCUGGUCCUCUGGGGCCGCAGGCCUACGGGUCGCACACUCAUUCAGUAGGUAGACAUUACCCCUUACCACUGGCUCAGGAUCAGAUACAAUAUCACCCCUCUAACUAUUCAAGUUAGGAGUGGAGAUAUGCCAAUCUGAUCCUAGAUUGUGGUUAGGGGUAAUGUCUACCUGGAGCGGGUGAGACGUGCCGCUCAAUCUGCUUUAUCGUCCUACAACCUUAAAAGCCGCUUCUACCACUGAGCCUAUCAAAACAUAGAAUUCACAGGCAGCUCAGCAGCUAUUGGUUGGUUGAGUGAGCCAAUGAGACCCGAGGUGGAAUGAAAACCCCCAUGAUGCAGCACUCAAGGAUUAGGGCUGCCCACCGCUGACCAACAGGGAAGGGUGAUAUUACCCAAAUCCCUGGAACAGAGGCUGGCAUUGGGCCUGUUGUAGAUGUUGAAUAUUUGGCCUGGGUGCCUGAAACCCAGAGCUAUGUCUGAUUGUAAGUGGGGUGAGCAUGGAUGGACACAGUCACUGAAUAUCACAGACUCUGAAACAUUAAUUAUUCUUAUAUUUUCAGAGGUCCCAAUAAGCUUUAUUUUAAAUGUCCAUAUCAUUUUAGGCCUUCAAGGACCCAAAGGAUAUGUAAAAUAUUAAUCAUAAAAACACUUUAUAUCCCAUAAGUCUCAUCUAGCCCAGAACUAACCAUUACGAGUAACCACGGUAGUCCCAGCCCCAUCCAUCCCAUUUUCUAAGUCCUUUGGGAUCGUCUAUGCUCGGUUCUCCCCCGUGGUUGUGGGGAUAAUGUUCCGGCCCUUGCUGUCCCUCUCUAGGACGUGAUGAUGGUGGGCGAGCCCACUCUGAUGGGAGGGGAGUUUGGAGACGAGGAUGAGCGUCUGAUCACGCGGCUGGAGAAUGGCCAGUUCGACACAGCCAACGGAGGGGGGGGCCUGGAGGACGAGGACAGUUUCGGCAGCUCCCCCGCCCUGGGGGGCGCAAACUCCCCCUGGAACAACAAGACCCCCAACAGCCAGGACAGCAAGAACAACGACUCCCAGUCCUCACAGUAGAGCCACAACCAUAAACCCUAACUCACCACCCAGAUUCGCUACUCAUUUAUCUGCAGAAUGAAUCCCACUCACGCUCUCUUUCGCACAUGCUCAGUGGUGUUCAACCCCGGCCCUCUUCUCCUCCUGGCUCACCUCGCUUAUCAGCGCUAGGCCUGACUGCUCUGUUAGUGUGUGGGCGUGUGCUUACUGGUCAGAGUGUUUGAGUCAGAGCUGGAUUCUGCCUUUUAUGAUCACAGUGCUAGCCGUGGCGGUCAUUUUGCUGACGGCCAUAUUGGCGGGUUCUUGUUCCAACCUCGGGUCUCUGGGUGUGUUGCCUUGACAACGUACCUCUGUUUCUGUUGUGCUCACCUCACAGGGAAGGAAUACCUAGCUUUAUUUAUUAUCUCUUAGAUUUUGCAGAAUAAAAGUAUUGUGUGCACUACAGCAUAAAUCCAACGUUCAGUUUUUAAAAACUAAAUUAUUUGUUUUGUAGGACCUGGUUGGAACAAAAACCUGUACACUGCCGGAGCUUGAGGACCGGAGUUGAGAACCACUACGCUAAACCUUAAACACACCACACACACACACAGACAGAGGUACUGGAGAGAGGUCCUACUCCCCCACCUGGACCAGAGCGCCUGGCCAUACAGAAGUGGGUUUUAAUUUUCUAUGUUUUCAAUUUGAUUUCAAUUUUUUAUUUUUAUAUCAAUUUCUAAAAAUGAAACAGACAAGCAAAAAAAGUACAAAAAAACCCCAGAAUAUUCUUUGCACUUUUUUCCACUAACUUCAAUCUAUUUUUCUUAUGAAUUGAUGGUGUUUUGUUCUUUUUAUUAUGGCUUAUAUGAAGAAAUUGUAAAGCAUCAUAAACCUGUGACUGGAGAGGAGAAUCAACGGUAUAUAACUGUAUAAAUAUUACUGUUAGAUCAUUUGUAUUAUUGUGAUUGAUUACUACUUCUAUGUAAUAUUGUGUUGUCUAUGUCGGAUACGGUAUAUAGCCCGUCAGUGUCAGACAUGGUUAUAACGAAGCCCAGUGAUUCUGAUCUGAAGGGAAAGGCCACCUCUUUAGUGUUCAAGGCUGCGUCUUUAAUGGCACCUAUUCCCUAUAUAGUGAACCCAUAGGGCUAUGGUCAAAAGU